AUGGCUAUCCCGUGGCUAUUCCCCGUUCGCAUUGCACAGGCGCUCUUUGGCGUGAUCGUGAUCGGUCUCACAGGUUAUGUGGUGUCCACCUACUGGGAUUCCUGGGCAUGGUCCGACACGGUGAACUUCGUGCUCUUCCUCGGCUGCUGGACGGCGUUUGUGGCCGUGCCUUAUCUGGCCCUCUCCCCGAUCUUCUUCCCUCGACUGGCGCAUCACCUGGUCAUUCCGGCGGUGGAGGUGAUCACGAUGAUCUUCUGGUUUGCCGGGUUCAUUGCUAUCGGCGCGCAGUUACCGCCUCCGCGGUACUGCCACACCUCGGCGUGCAGCUCCCUCCAGGCGGCCACGAUCUUUGGGGCAUUUGAAUGGGCGAUGUUUGCAGUGACCACAUUCUUCGCGGUUCUCGAUGUAAAGAACCACCGACGGAGUGGGGAGAGUGCGAAGACUCAUUCCAAUGCGCAUGUUGGAGUGUGA